AUGUCUUAUCAGGAUAAUCAUGAUAUCAACGCCAAAGAUGAUUAUCCUUGGCAGACGAUCGUCUAUUGCAACGGCAUGGUGGAAGCUAGAUUUUGUGACGGAUUAGCAAUGACACUCUCAAAAUGUGGAAACUAUACAACGAUACUAAAUCAUUCUAUGCCAUUUUCCAACAAUAAAGCGAUUAAACAAAUGACACGUUUUGCAACAUCUCGAAAUCAGAAAAAAAUUCACUACAUGAUAAAAACAAGAAAUCUAUAUACUUUAUAUCCGUGCUGUGGGAUAUCUAAUCCAGAACAUAAAGAGAUCAAAAACCGGUACUCACCUAUUGCAAUCUGGCCCAAAGCUUCCGGACAUCCACAUGUGAAAAGAAACUCAAAUGGUUCAGUAACUGUCACUGCUCUCAACAAUGCAGCCACAUUAAUUCUGAAAAAUCACCAGCAAAGCUUUACCGUGAAAUUUAUUGCUAAAUGUAUCGAUUCAAAUGGAGACGAAGAAUACUCCGAAAUAGUUCAACAAUAUAGUAUUCGUUCCGCUUUAGAAUGUUGGCGACAUCCCAUGCACUUAGCUCUAGACGUUAUCGGUAGCGCGAAUCGAAAGGAAGAUACAGAUAAUGACGAAAAGACACCUGAUGAAUGCGCCAGCGAUAACGAUGAUUUGUUGGUACACGUACCAUUCCCUAUAUUCAAUAGGGAUUCGGAGCCACCAACACAAAAUUUAACAGAUAACAAGCUAAUAAGUAUUAUUAUUGCGAACAACUGCCACUACCGAUUUUUUUAUGACCACCUUCGAGUAGAAGUUUUACUGCCAAAUGGAGCUUAUUUGGUUUCUAGAGGAGAAUUUGCCAAUUAUUUUGAUUUCUAUUCGUAUGACACUUCCUUAAAACAGCUCCAACAGUUGACUUAUUCGACGCAGUAUAAACUGCAGCUCUGGAAUGACUUGUUAAGUGCACAAGCAGAGUUGAAAAGAAUUAUUUUCCAGUCCCUAAAGUUCUUCUUUCAAAUUAAGCGCUUGCCUUCAACGCUAAGGCAAAAAGUCACUGUAUCUUAUACUCCGGAUAAAUAUCCUGACGCAAAACCGACCUUAAAGAAAUCCAAUUCUGCGAAUGCAUUACAACGAAAAACGCAGCCUAUGAAAGAAGAUAUCACAAUCACCGAAUUGGGCAGAUUUAUUGCGUAUAGUACAGGACGAAUACAUAUUCACUUUAACGAUGGGAUCAUGCUCAACGGACGCUACUUGCUGAAAGAAAAUAUAACUUCUCCGCAGUAUGAAUUGAUACUUCCAAAUGGAAAUGUUACGCUUAUUCCUGCAGAGACCGAAGCACAUUACAAUUAUUAUAGCAUAUUAGCUUCACUAUCAAUAUGGCAACCAUGGUCGGCAAACAUAACUGAAAAUCUUGCAACAGUGAAAGACUUGAAUUAUGUGAAUACCGAGAAAUUUCAAAUGGAGUGUAUCAACGAUCUGAUCGACAAUAACCUCAGUAAAACGUCAGAACUUUUAAAAGCCAUUAAUGACAUGCAACAAAACUAA